AUGGCAUCGGUAGAUUCUCAUGUGUUGAUGAAGCUGGUUGGCCUUUUCUUUUCUACUCUUUUUAUCACUAUGGUAAGCUCGGAAUCGGAAUGUCGUAAUUUCGAGUCGAUCAUCAGUUUUGGCGAUUCAAUUGCCGACACCGGAAACAGGCUUGCUCUCUCAGAUCCUAACAAUCUUCCUUUGAACGGAUUUUCACCGUACGGAGAAACUUUCUUCCACCAACCAACCGGUCGUUGCUCUAAUGGCCGCCUCAUCAUUGACUUUAUAGCUGAAUUUUUGGGACUUCCUUACGUGCCUCCUUACUUCGGAUCCAAAAAUAGAAACUUUGAGAAAGGAGUAAAUUUUGCAGUAGACGCAGCAACGGCAUUGGAAAGUUCUUUUCUCGCGAAGAGAGGAUACUCUCCUACUCACAACUUCAGUUUAGGAGUUCAGAUUAAGAUCUUCAAGGAGAGUUUACCAAAUCUUUGCGGCUUGCCACCAGAUUGUAGAAAUAUGAUUGGAAAUGCUUUGAUUCUCAUGGGAGAGAUUGGAGGGAAUGAUUAUAAUUUCCCAUUAUUACAACUCAGACCCGUUGACGAGGUCAAAGAGCUUGUUCCGUUGGUGAUUAGUACUAUUUCUUCUGCAAUUACGGAGUUGAUUGGUAUGGGGGGAAGAACAUUUCUGGUGCCCGGAGAGUUCCCUAAAGGAUGCUUGGUAGCAUAUUUGACAUUAUAUCAAACAUCAAAUAUGGAAGAAUAUGAUUCUUUCGGAUGUCUGAAAUGGCUGAACAAGUUUGGAGAAUACCACAACGAGCAGCUUCAGGCAGAACUCAAGAGACUCAGGAAGCUCAACCCUCAUGUCGACAUCAUAUAUGCUGACUAUUACAAUACUUUGUUGCGCCUUAACCAAGAACCAUCCAAAUACGGUUAG